UGUAAUUGCAUGAACAAUCGUUAGUUCUGACCGUUACUUCAAAAUGUUGGGUGCUAUUUUAAUCUCUACGAUUCUGUUAGCAGAUCCCAUCUUCGGACUUACCACCUUUGGUAUUUUCGGAUUGUCAGGAUCAAAUGCAGAUGAAGCGAACUACACUCUUCCUGAACCGGGAGUCUGCGGUGUGAAUCUGGCCGAUCGCAUACUGGGUGGAACAAAAACCGCUAUCAAUGCCUAUCCCUGGGCGGCACUACUGAUCGCAAAACCGAUAUUCAGCUCAAAAGUGAUGUAUGCUUGUGGAGGAUCACUGAUAUCGGAUCGAUUUGUACUGACAGCAGCGCACUGUUUCCGAGAGGUUCCCAGUUGGAUUCGAAUUACCAAAGUUCGCCUAGGGGAGUGGGACAUCGAGAGUGAGGAAGAUUGUGAUGAGGAAGAAAAUUGUGCUGAUAAGGCUGUUGAUAUUGACGUCGGAAGUCAUGUCGUACAUAAGGAUUACGAUUCAGAUAACAUUCAUUACGAUAUGGCCCUAAUCAAGUUGGCAAAACCGGUAACUUUCACAGAGUAUAUUUCGCCAGUGUGUCUCCCAUUGGCGGAAGAGUUUCGUAAUCGUCAGGAUUCCGGAAAGACAUUCACGGCAGUUGGAUGGGGUACUACGGAAAAGGGUCAAGAUGAACCUGGUGUAUAUGGAAGCCGGUACAAGCUCGAGGUUGAUCUUCCCGGUGUUGACUUGGAGACCUGUCGAGCCAAUUAUCCCAAUGUGCUCGACUCGGAAAUGUGCGCUGGUGGUGAAGAAGGGAAAGAUUCGUGCCAAGGAGAUUCCGGUGGUGGCUUGGUGGCCGCCGAGAAAGACGGAUACUGGUAUCAAUUUGGAGUGGUCAGCUGGGGCUAUGGCUGUGGAACUAAUGGAGUUCCUGGUAUAUACGCUAGAGUGGGCAGUUUCAUUGAAUGGAUUCAAAAGAAUAUGAAAUAGGUUUGAAACGUAUUUUAAUGUUAGAACUUUCUUACACUGAGUGCUGAGUGUUACGGUUGAAACUUGAAUAAAUAAAGUAGAAUUGUUUACGUUGAAAUUGA